ACACAUAGAAGGCCAAGACUGCGGCAUAUAUGGCCGCACUCGUGCACCUAAAUACUACCAAUACCAAUACCAAUCCGAAGUGUACACAAAUCACGUCUUUUAUUGAACUUUAUGUGCCUUAAUAAGCAGUGUUUCAACGUAAAUGUUCAUAGUUCACUCGGUUUAAGAUUGUGAUUUUCCAGUAAUGGCUGGAAGAGGAAAAAGAAAAUUAGGGGAUGACAAUGGGUUUGGAGACAAGGGAGGCUAUAUGGCAGCUAAAAUAUCAAAACUGGAAAAUCAAUAUUUGAAUGAGAAGUUCAAUGAAGCAUGUGAAGAAGAAAAAUUAAGCAACAUAUUUUUGAAUAAAUUGCCAUUUUUGUAAAUGGUUACACCAAUCCAACUGCUGAAGAACUGAAACGCAUAAUGCUAGCACAUGGGGGUAUUUAUCAUCAUUAUUAUAAUUCUCGAGCUACCACUCACAUAAUUGCCUCCAACUUAUGUGAUGGCAAAAUCAAGAAACUUAAAGGGGAUGAAAAAUUUGUUAAGCCUGAAUGGAUUGUUGAUUCUGUGAAAGGGCAUUCGUUAUUAGAUUUGAAGCCAUAUCUGCUGUAUACUGGACUAACAUUAGAUAAAGGACAACAAAAGCUGGGCAUUGUUUCAAUGGCGAAGAAAGAAGAUGUCACCUACUGUGAAAAUAGAAAUGAAAGAGCAAUGGUUACAGAUUCAACUGAAAAAAAUUCUGCUAGUGAUAUUAGGCAAUCAAGAGAAAUGAAGCGAGCGGGAGAAGACGAUUUUUUGUCUGAAUUUUACAAGCGCUCCAGGCUCCAUCACAUUUCUACCAUGGGAGCUUUGUUCAAACGGCAUGUGACGGAGUUGCGUGGAAAAAAUAAUGGAGUUUUCCCAGGGAUGGAAAACAUAGAAAAUUGGAAAAAAACAUCUGGGUACCAAGGGAGCCAUAAAAACGAAGAUACUGUGUUCAUGCACAUUGAUAUGGAUUGCUUCUUUGUUUCGGUUGGGCUGCGGAACUAUCCGUCCCUGGUGGGCAAACCAGUUGUCGUGACCCAUGAAAAAGCUGAUUCCAAGCCGCUCCCAAGACGUGAAGGCCGUAAUCGGGAAUAUGAAUUCGAAUGCUAUAAAGAACACUGGAUAAAAAAAUCAAAAUUCUCUGAAAGUAACAAUGCAGACGAAACGGAAGCUGGUCUUACAGAUGUAUUUCCCCGGCUACAAGAUUUGGAUGAAACAUGUUCCAUGUCUGAAAUCGCUUCAUGCAGCUAUGAAGCUCGUGCAGCUGGUAUUUAUAACGGAAUGUUCAUGGGAGCAGCCUUGAAGUUAUGUCCAUCUCUCGUUGCGAUUCCUUACGAUUUUGAAGGAUAUAAGGAAGUAUGGUGAUAUCAUAGAGAAUCCAUCUUUUAGCCAAUUCAACCAAUUCUUUCGUGUUGACAGGUGUCCACUUUACUAUACAAUACUGUGGCUUCCUAUACCCUGGACUUGGAAGCCGUCAGUUGUGAUGAGUUGUAUGCGGACAUUACCACA